AAAAGAAUUGCAGUUUAAAAUCAAUACACAUUCUAUUUAAUUAAUACUUAUUGCAUCACAUAAAAGCGUAAUAAAUAAGUAACUUGGUUUGCAAAACCAUCAGAAGAUAUUAUUUCACUCGUUUCCUGCAAAGUUUUGUCAGAAAAUCUCGUGUGUGCCACAGUUAUGUAGUGUCAACAACUUGCAACGCUUGACUGCAUCAGUUUGCCGGAAAUGUUAGUUUCGGCCGCAGAAUUGAGUUGAAAUGCGUUGAGAUGGACCUGUCUCCGGACGAGGAUCAGUUUCAAGGCCGCCUACUACACCAGGCAGCUCUCUGGGACAAUGAGGAGCUCCUGUUAUCCCUGGUGGCGGGCGGCGCGGACCCGGACGCGCGCGACUCGCGCGCGCGCUGCGCGCUCCACGCGGCCGCGCUCGCGGAGCGCUCGCGCUGUCUGCGCGCGCUGCUCGCCGCCGGCGCCACUGUCGACGCGAGAGAGGACACGGCGACAGGGGGCAAGACGGCGCUCCACAUAGCGGCUGAACGCGGUCACGUAGAGAACGUCAGGGCUCUGCUAGCGGCCGGGGCUUCGCUGGCGGCUCGCGACGCGGCGGGCGCUACGCCCCUGCAGCUGGCGGAGCGCGCGGGCCAUCGCCAGGCGGUCAGGGAGCUGAGAAAUGCGAGCGAUGCCCUCGAGCGAGAGAGACUGUCGCAGCACGCGGCCCUGCGUGAGCUGGUGCUGCGCGGCGACGCGGCGGGGCUUAAAGCCAAGCUUACCGCCCUCGCGAGUAAUGCGCCGCUCUGCGUCAACCUGACGCCGCAGGGCGCCAACACGCUGCUAUAUGUGGCGGUGGAAGCAGGCCACACGGCCGUAGCCAAGGCGUUACUAGACGCAGGCGCCGACGGGCGAGCCCACCCCGUCACCAAGUACAGUCCCCUCUACAUAGCCUGCUACCACGGACACAGGGAGCUGGUGGCUCUGUUGCUGCGGCACUUCCCUGAGGCUGUGCAGCAAGAAACGGUGGAGAAAUGGCUGCCCAUACACGCGGCGUGCAUGUGCGGGCACGCGGCCCUCGUGUCGCUGCUGCUCGAGCACCGCUACCCGCGCCCGCUGCUCGCCACCUACACCGAUGUCACCGGCAAAUGGCAGUACGAGGCAGCUUUCGAUGUGAAUGCGGUAGACGCUCGCGGACAGAGCGCUCUAUACGUGGCGAGCACGCUUGGCUGCAGCGCCGUUGUGGACGCGCUGCUAUCUUAUUCCGUACCAUGUCGCCCGGUCAAGGAACAGCCCGAGCCCGCGGCGGCGCCCCCCGCGGCGCUGAGCCCGCAGCGCGGGGUCUCCCUCGGCAUACAGGCCAUCGUCAGCAGGCUCACUGGAUCUGGCACUCAUGAAGGAGUGGAAGAGAAGCGAGUGCACCCCGUGCGAGUGGACAUAGCGCGGGGCGUGGACUCGUGCGUGGCGUGCGCGGCGCGCGGCGGCCACGCGCGCACCGUGCGCCGCCUGCUCGCCGCCGGCGCGGCCGCCGCCGCCUCCGCCGCGCCGCCCGAGAACGAGAGUACGGGCACGCGCGACUCCCGCCGGCGCUCGCGCAGCGCGUCCGCCGUCGGCUCCGUGUCGCCGUCUCCCUCGCUCACCCGAGCCAGCGCCGACCGCGAUGUGCCAUGGACGGCGCUGGCGGUAGCCGUGAGGAACAAACACGUACAAGUAGCAGAUAUGCUGCUUCGAGCGGGCGCUGAUGACCCCCACGGGCUGGCGCUACGCGAGUGCCACAAGCAUCGUCUAGUGGCGCUGCUUGCCGCUAUUUUAGCCUCUAGGGCGUACCCCGACCCAGAGUACAAGAUGAACAAGGCGGCGGUGUCGGCACUCGUGCUGGGUGCGGCGGCGCGCGACUCGUCGUUGACGCACAACGCGCUGGUGCCGAAAACGCCCGUCAUGGUCCACUGGAGGGCGCUGCGCACCAUGCAGGACACUAUCAAAAUGUCUUGGCUGAGCGCGGCAGCGUUGCGAGUUAACCCCCACGUGUCCAGUGACGCGCUAGCCUUGCACGCCAUCACGCGGUUAGAACUCGCGCAGAACGAGCUACGAUCUCUGCCUGCUGCUCUAUUCUCUCUGCUCAGCCUUAGGUACCUUAACGUGGCCGCCAACAAGCUUGAGAGGCUACCGCGCGGCAACGACCCCAUAGAGGAAGAGGACCCUCGACGCCGAACGGCACCCACCUUUACAGCGCCCGUGUACAGCGCGCCAGUCUUGCAGGAGCUUUAUUUGCAAGAUAACCGCCUAGAAGAUCUGCCCCCAGAGUUGUUCUCCCUACCAGCUUUAACGACUCUGGACGUCAGUAAUAACAAGCUCCGAACGCUACCGUCCCGAGUGUGGGACGCGCCCGCGCUGCGGGACCUCAACGCCGCGCUCAACCAUCUUAGAGAUCUUCCUGCUAGAGACACAGUGAUGACAUCAACCGACGCGGCGCAGUCUCCGUCCGAGUCAUCACCAGCGCUGACCGCCUCGCCGGCACUCUCACGGUCUUCAUUCAACUUCUCGCAAUCGUCCGUGUCGAGUCGGCAGUCUGUGUCGAGCCGUACGUCGGUCGACAGUGCCGAUGAUGACACGACGCCUGUGCUCGGGGACCGCAGCGGACACGCCGUAUGUUCGGAGGCGGUGCGCGCGCACCCGUGGCGCGCCGAACCGCGGCCGGAGCCGGGCGCCGGGGACUGCGCGCUCGCCUCGCUCAACCUCGCGCACAACCAGUUCACGUGCGUGCCCGCCGGGCUCGCCUGCCUCGUGCCGCGGCUCACCUCGCUCAACAUGGCCUACAACUCGCUCCGGUCUAUGUCAUAUGUGACGUCAUACCCCACCAACCUACGGCAGCUGGAUCUGAGUCACAACGAGAUCACUUGCUGGCCGAGUCUGCCUCAGGUGGAAAACUUCGGAUCAUCAGUCGGCGACCCGCUAGCAUGCUACUGUCGCGGCGGCGCGGCGCGCGCGCGGCCGUGCUCGCGCCCGCGCUCCGGCGGCGUGCGCGCGCAGCUCCUACAUUGCGCGUGCGCGGCGAGGAGCCAUUUGAGACUCGACUCGCUCCGGACUUUGAUCCUGGCGAACAACAUGCUAGAGCGGAUACAACUGACGACGGACGACGAUGGCAACGUGCCAGAAAGGGAGGGGGAGAUCGACGAGGACGAUGAGUGGAACUCGAUGGCGGGUCUGCGGUCGCGGCUAGUAUUCCCGCUCCUCUCCAUGUUGGACGUGUCGUGUAACAUGCUGCGCUCGGUGCCGCCGCUCAUACACGCCCUCACGAACCUGUCCGUGCUCAACAUUAGCGGGAACAAAGAAAUAACUGACCUCCCACCACAAAUGGGCCUCCUCUCCCGCCUGUGGAACCUGAACACGGCUGGCUGCUCGCUCCACGAGCCCCUGGGGUCCAUGCUAGCCUGCGGCCGCUACAAGAGCAUGGACAUCGUCGGGUACCUCAAGUCCGUGCUGCAGGAGGCGCGACCGUACACCAACAUGAAGCUGAUGCUGGUGGGGCUGCAGGGCAUCGGCAAAACAAGCUUACUGGAGUGCUUGAGACAAGAAUCCCCAAUACAGUAUCGAAGAAAAGGGACCGAUCACUGGGCGCUGCGGAUGGGCAACAAGGCGUCAGGUCGCAACAUGUCCACCGUCGGUGUCGACAUCGGCACGUGGAGCUACGAGCCGCCGCGUGCCUCCCGCGGGCCCGUCACGUUCCGCACGUGGGACUUCGGCGGACAGCGCGAGUACUACGCAACGCAUCAGUAUUUCCUGUCCCGCCGCUCCCUGUACCUCGUGGUGUGGAAAGUCACCGACGGAAGGAAGGGCCUGGCGGAUGCCAUUGGAUGGCUGAGGUCUAUACAAGCGCGCGCCCCGGGCUCGCCUGUCAUUCUCGUCGCCACGCACUACGACCAGAUCGCUAACAGUACAUUAUCGGAGAGCGAGAGUCCGGCGGCGCUGCAGCGACUGAUACGGUCGGCGUUACUGCAGGCGCCCGAUGCUGACAAGAAGGGCCUGCCUCGAGUUUGCGACUCUGUCGAGGUGUCUUGCAGUACGAAACACAACAUCCGGCUGCUCGCCGACAUCAUCUACUCUGUCGCCUACAGCGUCAAACCGCCUGGCAGCAAAGAACCACUGUUAGAGCAGCGGAUUCCAGCCACGUACCUGGCGUUGGAGGAGUGUGUGACGUCACUGGCCGCCGAGCUGCGAGAGCCCGUGCUGAACCACGAUGAGUAUAAACGACUGGUUACGCAGUAUAUGCAGGCGAAGGGGCACCGCACGUUCCGAGACGCGGCCGAACUGCAUCAAGCCACCAUGUUUUUGCAUGAGAACGGCGUAUUGGUACACUACGACGACGCGGCACUGAAGCAGCUGUACUUCCUCCGGCCGCAGUGGCUCUGCGAUGUGCUAGCCCACGUGGUCACCGUCAGGGAAAUCAAUCCGUUCGCUAAUAACGGCAUAAUGAAGAUCGAGGACCUCGCGCACGUGUUCAAGGCGUCCCCCCUCCUGGCGCGGGGGGACGAGGCCUCCUCGCUGGGGGUCAGCCUGCUCAACAAGUUCGAGCUGGCCCUCUGCUGGGACAGCAGGACGCUGCUGGUGCCGCCGCUCCUGCCCGCCACCGAGCCCGCCACCCCGCAGCUGGCUCUGAAGACGCGCGUGUGGACGGGCGCCGGCACGCCGCGCCGCGCCGCACCGCCACUAGCUGCUGCGCCUGCGCGGGCUGACUCUCCCUCGCUGAUACAGGAGAGUCCCGGCAGCAUCAGCAUCGAGGGCCGCUCGACGGGGCGCGCGGUGCGGCGCGUCCUGCUGCUCUCGUACGUGCCCGCCGGGCUCACGGCGCGGCUGUGCUCGCGCGUGCUCGCCGACCCCGCCGUCGGCGCGGCCGCCACGCAGCUCUACAAGCUACCGCCGGAUAUGGAGGUAGAUGCGACCACCACAAAAGCCUUAGAGCCGAACUGGGCGUGGAAACUUUGGCGAUCGGGUCUUCAGCUUUCUUGGGGAUCUCUCGUCGCUCUGGAGGUGCGAGAGCGAGAGGCAAGACACGACCCGCUGCUAGGGGACUAUCCUGAGAGCGACAGUGGAAGGGACUUGAGGUUUAGAGUGAAACAAGAAGGCGCCUGGUGUUCUCUGGAAGUGGCGCGGUCUCCGAGCAUAGAGAUAACGUUGCCGGCGCGAGUGUGUGUCGCGCGCCGCACUGACGGUCUGCCAUUAGCUGGAUACCAGGUAAGCAGGGCACACAGGACAUCCUCCAGACUGAGCAUAGAGAUAACGUUGCCGGCGCGAGUCUGUGUCGCGGGCCGCACUGACGGCCUGCCAUUAGCUGGAUACCAGGUAAGCAGGGCACACAGGACAUCCUCCAGACUGAGCAUAGUGAUAACGUUGCCGGCGCGAGUCUGUGUCGCGCGCCGCACUGACGGUCUGCCAUUAGCUGGAUACCAGGUAAGCAGGGCACACAGGACAUCCUCCAGACUGAGCAUAGUGAUAACGUUGCCGGCGCGAGUCUGUGUCGCGCGCCGCACUGACGGACUGCCAUUAGCUGGAUACCAGGUAAGCAGGGCACACAGGACAUCCUCCAGACUGAGCAUAGUGAUAACGUUGCCGGCGCGAGUCUGUGUCGCGCGCCGCACUGACGGUCUGCCAUUAGCUGGAUACCAGGUAAGCAGGGCACACAGGACAUCCUCCAGACUGAGCAUAGUGAUAACGUUGCCGGCGCGAGUCUGUGUCGCGCGCCGCACUGACGGCCUGCCAUUAGCUGGAUACCAGGUAAGCAGGGCACACAGGACAUCCUCCAGACUGAGCAUAGUGAUAACGUUGCCGGCGCGAGUCUGUGUCGCGCGCCGCACUGACGGUCUGCCAUUAGCUGGAUACCAGGUAAGCAGGGCACACAGGACAUCCUCCAGACUGAGCAUAGUGAUAACGUUGCCGGCGCGAGUCUGUGUCGCGCGCCGCACUGACGGUCUGCCAUUAGCUGGAUACCAGGUAAGCAGGGCACACAGGACAUCCUCCAGACUGAGCAUAGUGAUAACGUUGCCGGCGCGAGUCUGUGUCGCGCGCCGCACUGACGGUCUGCCAUUAGCUGGAUACCAGGUAAGCAGGGCACACAGGACAUCCUCCAGACUGAGCAUAGUGAUAACGUUGCCGGCGCGAGUCUGUGUCGCGCGCCGCACUGACGGUCUGCCAUUAGCUGGAUACCAGGUAAGCAGGGCACACAGGACAUCCUCCAGACUGAGCAUAGUGAUAACGUUGCCGGCGCGAGUCUGUGUCGCGCGCCGCACUGACGGCCUGCCAUUAGCUGGAUACCAGGUAAGCAGGGCACACAGGACAUCCUCCAGACUGAGCAUAGUGAUAACGUUGCCGGCGCGAGUCUGUGUCGCGCGCCGCACUGACGGUCUGCCAUUAGCUGGAUACCAGGUAAGCAGGGCACACAGGACAUCCUCCAGACUGAGCAUAGUGAUAACGUUGCCGGCGCGAGUCUGUGUCGCGCGCCGCACUGACGGUCUGCCAUUAGCUGGAUACCAGGUAAGCAGGGCACACAGGACAUCCUCCAGACUGAGCAUAGUGAUAACGUUGCCGGUGCGAGUCUGUGUCGCGCGCCGCACUGACGGUCUGCCAUUAGCUGGAUACCAGGUAAGCAGGGCACACAGGACAUCCUCCAGACUGAGCAUAGUGAUAACGUUGCCGGCGCGAGUCUGUGUCGCGCGCCGCACUGACGGUCUGCCAUUAGCUGGAUACCAGGUAAGCAGGGCACACAGGACAUCCUCCAGACUGAGCAUAGUGAUAACGUUGCCGGCGCGAGUCUGUGUCGCGCGCCGCACUGACGGUCUGCCAUUAGCUGGAUACCAGGUAAGCAGGGCACACAGGACAUCCUCCAGACUGAGCAUAGUGAUAACGUUGCCGGCGCGAGUCUGUGUCGCGCGCCGCACUGACGGUCUGCCAUUAGCUGGAUACCAGGUAAGCAGGGCACACAGGACAUCCUCCAGACUGAGCAUAGUGAUAACGUUGCCGGCGCGAGUCUGUGUCGCGCGCCGCACUGACGGCCUGCCAUUAGCUGGAUACCAGGUAAGCAGGGCACACAGGACAUCCUCCAGACUGAGCAUAGUGAUAACGUUGCCGGCGCGAGUCUGUGUCGCGCGCCGCACUGACGGUCUGCCAUUAGCUGGAUACCAGGUAAGCAGGGCACACAGGACAUCCUCCAGACUGAGCAUAGUGAUAACGUUGCCGGCGCGAGUCUGUGUCGCGCGCCGCACUGACGGUCUGCCAUUAGCUGGAUACCAGGUAAGCAGGGCACACAGGACAUCCUCCAGACUGAGCAUAGUGAUAACGUUGCCGGCGCGAGUCUGUGUCGCGCGCCGCACUGACGGUCUGCCAUUAGCUGGAUACCAGGUAAGCAGGGCACACAGGACAUCCUCCAGACUGAGCAUAGUGAUAACGUUGCCGGCGCGAGUCUGUGUCGCGCGCCGCACUGACGGUCUGCCAUUAGCUGGAUACCAGGUAAGCAGGGCACACAGGACAUCCUCCAGACUGAGCAUAGUGAUAACGUUGCCGGCGCGAGUCUGUGUCGCGCGCCGCACUGACGGUCUGCCAUUAGCUGGAUACCAGGUAAGCAGGGCACACAGGACAUCCUCCAGACUGAGCAUAGUGAUAACGUUGCCGGCGCGAGUCUGUGUCGCGCGCCGCACUGACGGUCUGCCAUUAGCUGGAUACCAGGUAAGCAGGGCACACAGGACAUCCUCCAGACUGAGCAUAGUGAUAACGUUGCCGGCGCGAGUCUGUGUCGCGCGCCGCACUGACGGUCUGCCAUUAGCUGGAUACCAGGUAAGCAGGGCACACAGGACAUCCUCCAGACUGAGCAUAGUGAUAACGUUGCCGGCGCGAGUCUGUGUCGCGCGCCGCACUGACGGCCUGCCAUUAGCUGGAUACCAGGUAAGCAGGGCACACAGGACAUCCUCCAGACUGAGCAUAGUGAUAACGUUGCCGGCGCGAGUCUGUGUCGCGCGCCGCACUGACGGUCUGCCAUUAGCUGGAUACCAGGUAAGCAGGGCACACAGGACAUCCUCCAGACUGAGCAUAGUGAUAACGUUGCCGGCGCGAGUCUGUGUCGCGCGCCGCACUGACGGUCUGCCAUUAGCUGGAUACCAGGUAAGCAGGGCACACAGGACAUCCUCCAGACUGAGCAUAGUGAUAACGUUGCCGGCGCGAGUCUGUGUCGCGCGCCGCACUGACGGUCUGCCAUUAGCUGGAUACCAGGUAAGCAGGGCACACAGGACAUCCUCCAGACUGAGCAUAGUGAUAACGUUGCCGGCGCGAGUCUGUGUCGCGCGCCGCACUGACGGUCUGCCAUUAGCUGGAUACCAGGUAAGCAGGGCACACAGGACAUCCUCCAGACUGAGCAUAGUGAUAACGUUGCCGGCGCGAGUCUGUGUCGCGCGCCGCACUGACGGCCUGCCAUUAGCUGGAUACCAGGUAAGCAGGGCACACAGGACAUCCUCCAGACUGAGCAUAGUGAUAACGUUGCCGGCGCGAGUCUGUGUCGCGCGCCGCACUGACGGUCUGCCAUUAGCUGGAUACCAGGUAAGCAGGGCACACAGGACAUCCUCCAGACUGAGCAUAGUGAUAACGUUGCCGGCGCGAGUCUGUGUCGCGCGCCGCACUGACGGUCUGCCAUUAGCUGGAUACCAGGUAAGCAGGGCACACAGGACAUCCUCCAGACUGAGCAUAGUGAUAACGUUGCCGGCGCGAGUCUGUGUCGCGCGCCGCACUGACGGUCUGCCAUUAGCUGGAUACCAGGUAAGCAGGGCACACAGGACAUCCUCCAGACUGAGCAUAGUGAUAACGUUGCCGGCGCGAGUCUGUGUCGCGCGCCGCACUGACGGUCUGCCAUUAGCUGGAUACCAGGUAAGCAGGGCACACAGGACAUCCUCCAGACUGAGCAUAGUGAUAACGUUGCCGGCGCGAGUCUGUGUCGCGCGCCGCACUGACGGUCUGCCAUUAGCUGGAUACCAGGUAAGCAGGGCACACAGGACAUCCUCCAGACUGAGCAUAGUGAUAACGUUGCCGGCGCGAGUCUGUGUCGCGCGCCGCACUGACGGUCUGCCAUUAGCUGGAUACCAGAAAGUUACCAGUAACACCAUAAACGGCAAGCUUUCUGAUAAGAAGGGAAUGGUCUAUCAUCUCGAAGGCGCGCGACAGAUCGCAGAAGAUCGCAGCAACCUGCCGCGCGUCUUCCAGAUGCCCCAACACUCGCAUCACAACGUCUCUAGCGGCAUCUAUUGUCGACCGACCGGGCUGAUAGGCAGCAUCAGUCUAGAGCCUAAUUUGGAGGCGCUGGCGCGGUUGCUAGCAGUACUCUCGGAUCACGUGGAUCUACUGUUAGAAGACUGGUAUCCCUCGCUCGGUACUCGUUUCGUCCACACGUCGGAGGGGCGGUGCCUUAUAACGCGUGUAGUGCCUUGCGCACAAUGCCUCGCGGCCUACGAGGAGGAAUCCGAGCGUCCCGAACAUUUAGCGCAGGCGCUACAGCGAGUUGGGCUACGAGAAGAGAGGCGGGAGGGUAACGGAGGGGGGGCGGGGAGGGUGUCGCAGGACUCUAGGGCUUCUGACCAGGACAGCGGCGUCGGCGCAGACUCCGCCGCGUCAUCCCGGAUCGGUUCCGUAGAGGGCACGCUCAGCACCCGCGAGGAAACGCCCUCCGAGGUCCACGGGUGGACCGUGGAGCAGUGCCUCCUGGCGGCGUGCACUGCACAUAGCCUCGUGUGCCCCACACACGGGGGCAUACCGCUGCAGCGAGUGGCGCCCGACGCGCUACUCCUCGAUGUGGAAGAGGACCAGCGAGCGCGCUGGGAGCACAUAGUGCUGGAGUCGGUCGCUGGUCGCGGGGCCUUCGGCACCGUGAUGGCGGCCGUGUGGAGGCCCCCGGGGCAACAGGCGAGGAAGGUCGCGGUCAAGGCCCUCCAGCCCGUGCCACCACCGAGGGCCCAACACCACCAUGCCUACAAGGUCGCGCUAGCCAGAUGGGAGCGAUCGCCGACAGCGGGCGCCUGCCGCGCGUACUGCGGCCUGAGACAGGAACUAGGAGUGUUGCGAGUGUUGCGGCAUCCGCACGUGCUGCGUCUGCGGGCCGUGUGUGCCGCGCCGCUAGCGCUGCUACUAGAGAGGGCGCCACAGGGUGCACUAGACAACAUCUUGCGAGCGUACGGCGGCAUGGGCGCUAGAGUGGGCGCGCGCGCCGCUCGCGCGCUCGCGCUGCAGCUAGCGCGUGCUCUGGAAUAUCUACACGCGCAACGCGUGCUGUAUAGAGACCUCAAGUCUGAGAAUGUGCUGGUGUGGGAGAUGCCAGAUGUAGCGACAGCCGUGGCUGCUGAACUGAGCCCGGCGGCCAUUCCCGUGCUCGUCAAACUGGGAGAUUACGGUAUAAGCCGGCUCGCGCCCCCAUCGGGCACGAAGGGCUUCGGGGGCACCGAGGGCUUCAUGGCGCCCGAGAUCAUGCGCUACAACGGAGAACAAGAAUACAACGAAAAGGUGGAUUGCUUCUCUUUCGGCAUGCUGCUGUACGAGAUCGUGACGCUGCGGCAGCCGUUCGAAGGUCACGAGGCCGUCAAAGAGGCGAUCCUGGAUGGCGCGCGGCCCUCGUUGACGCCAAGGGAUCUCCAGUAUCCCUGCAACAUACUGGAAACGAUGCGCCGCUGUUGGCGCGGCGCUCCGGAGCUGCGGCCGUCGGCUGCCGCUCUAGUGUCCGCCGCGGCUGCGCCGGAGUUCACCGCUUUGCUCGACGCGGCCGCCGCUCGCGCCUCGCUAGCCGCCACCGCUGUGGCCCUACGCCAUGUCACAGACGAAGGAGCCCCCGGGUGGGAGGUGUGGUGCGGGGGGGAGCCUGAGAGAAUACACACGCUGCUGUGCACGGAACAUCACAUCACGCAGCAACACGCUAUCCGAGUACCGCCAGACGGCGAUGUGCCGGUGACGGUGACCGCGCUGUGCCGCGUCGGCGCCACCGUGUGGGCCGGGGACAGCACCGGCCGGGUCUCUGUUUACUCAUCGUCAACCUGCGCUCUCCUGUGGACGGGCAAGGUGCAGGAGGCCGUAGGCGGCGGCCCUAGUCCCGUGACAGCUCUGCAGCCGCUGCCGCAGCUGCGCAGGGUGGCGCUGGCUCUACAGUGCGGCAGGUUAUUCCUCGUCCGCUCGGAGCGGGAGGUGGCGGAGGCGGAAGCGGAAGCGGAGGGCGGGUUCGUGCUCACUGAGUUAGGCACCGCUAGUGAGCUGUGCUGUCUGGCCGCCGUACCUUCACCACAAGGGUUAGGGCUAGCGGAGGCGGACGCGGAAGCGGAGGGCGGGUUCGUGCUCACUGAGUUGGGCACCGCUAGUGAGUUACGCUGUCUGGCCGCCGUACCUUCACCACAAGGGUUCGAGAUCUGGGCGGGCGGGUCCGGUCUAUAUACAUACGCCGUGUCCGCUACCGGUGUGUGCGGGGCCGAGCCUCUGCCGGCGACCCCUCGUAUCACGUUACUAGCCGCCAGCCCUGAGGAGCCCUACGUUGCCCUCUACUCUGAACCUGGAGUAUGCGUGUACCAGUGGUCGGUCCGCAGUCGCCAACAGACUGCCCGUCUAGACUGCAGCAAGCUCGUGCCGUGUAGUGAGAGCUUACAGUCGCUCGCGCUUGACUCGCGGCCCGGCGAGCACCUGGGCCGGGUGACGGCGUUGGCGGCGCUGGGCGGGUCGCUGUACGUGGGCACGGCGUGGGGCGUCCUCAUCGUGUGCGCGUGCGCCAGCCUGCGCCCGCUCGCCGUGUUCCGGCCCUACGAGGAGAGCGUGACGUCGAUAGUGCCGCUGUACCCGCACCGCGGCUCGCAGGCCGCCAUGCUGGCGACUCUGGGCACAGGGUACCGUCCGCUGUUGCACCGCUAUGCCCCGCAACAGGUGACGUCGAUAGUGCCGCUGUACCCGCACCGCGGCUCGCAGGCCGCCAUGCUGGCGACUCUGGGCACAGGGUACCGUCCGCUGUUGCACCGCUAUGCCCCGCAACAGGUGACGUCGAUAGUGCCGCUGUACCCGCACCGCGGCUCGCAGGCCACCAUGCUGGCGACUCUGGGCACAGGGUACCGUCCGCUGUUGCACCGCUAUGCCCCGCAACAGGUGACGUCGAUAGUGCCGCUGUACCCGCACCGCUCGCAGGCCGCCAUGCUGGCGACUCUGGGCACAGGGUACCGUCCGCUGUUGCACCGCUAUGCCCCGCAACAGGUGACGUCGAUAGUGCUGCUGUACCCGCACCGCGGCUCGCAGGCCGCCAUGCUGGCGACUCUGGGCACAGGGUACCGUCCGCUGUUGCACCGCUAUGCCCCGCAACAGGUGACGUCGAUAGUGCUGCUGUACCCGCACCGCGGCUCGCAGGCCGCCAUGCUGGCGACUCUGGGCACAGGGUACCGUCCGCUGUUGCACCGCUAUGCCCCGCAACAGGUGACGUCGAUAGUGCUGCUGUACCCGCACCGCGGCUCGCAGGCCGCCAUGCUGGCGACUCUGGGCACAGGGUACCGUCCGCUGUUGCACCGCUAUGCCCCGCAACAGGUGACGUCGAUAGUGCUGCUGUACCCGCACCGCGGCUCGCAGGCCGCCAUGCUGGCGACUCUGGGCACAGGGUACCGUCCGCUGUUGCACCGCUAUGCCCCGCAACAGGUGACGUCGAUAGUGCCGCUGUACCCGCACCGCUCGCAGGCCGCCAUGCUGGCGACUCUGGGCACAGGGUACCGUCCGCUGCUGCACCGCUAUGCCCCGCAACAGCCUAACACAUCGAGCACGAAUACCUCAUACAGCGGCCCUCACUGCCUCCUCUGGCGCGCCGGCCACUGGCUGCCCGACUAAACCCUUCCGACGGAUAUACACGUCCAACUCGCAACAUACGGCGGAUAGAUGUAGCUACGCUGUUACGUUGGUGGGUUAGUGUUUUAUAUUAAACACUUCCUGUACUACUCAGCCAGCGAUGGAUAUACACGUCCAACUCGCAACAUACGGCGGAUAGAUGUAGGUACGCUGUUUUGGGGGGUUAGUGUUUUAUAUUAAACACUUCCUGUACUACUCAGCCAGCGACGGAUAUACACGUCCAACUCGCAACAUACGGCGGAUAGAUGUAGGUACGCUGGUACGUUGGUGGGUUAGUGUUUUAUAUUAAACACUUCCUGUACUACUCAGCCAGCGACGGAUAUACACGUCCAACUCGCAACAUACGGCGGAUAGAUGUAGGUACGCUGUUACAUUGGGGGCUUAUGCUCUAGUUUCCUAGCCAUCAUAUAGCGGCCG